GCAUGGCGGCCGCCAUGGCACUGAGCUGCGGAGCGCGCUACAGGCCCUGUUCCCGGCAGCUGCUGGGACCAAAUGCCCGCGGGCGGCUCGUGCGGCCGGCGGUCUGGGGAGGGAGCGCGGCGCCAGCCUCCAGCCGGCCCGGCCCCGGGGGAGAGGUGCAGUACUGCGCCGAGCUGCUGCGGAAACGUGACUAUGAAGGGUUUCUGUGUUCUCUGUUGUUGCCUGCAGAAUCCCGCACCUCUGCUUUUGCUCUGAGAGCCUUCAACGUUGAACUGGCCCAGAUUAAAGAUUCCAUAACACAGAAGACCAUAGGUUUGAUGCGAAUGCAGUUUUGGAGAAAAGCUGUGGAAGAUAUAUACUGUGAUAACCCACCACAUCAGCCAGUUGCUAUAGAACUGUGGAAGGCUAUCAAGAGACAUAACUUGACUAAAAGGUGGCUUCUGAAGAUUAUUGAUGAAAGAGAGAAAAAUUUGGAUGACAGAGCAUAUCAUAACAUCCAGGAACUUGAAACAUAUGCUGACAACACUCAUAGUGCUCUCUUGUAUCUCACCUUGGAAAUGCUGGGUGUGCGGGAUAUCCAUGCAGACCAUGCAGCCAGUCACAUUGGGAAAGCACAAGGCAUUGUCACCUGUUUAAGAGCAACUCCGUAUCAUAGUAAAAGACGAAAGGUCUUUCUUCCUAUGGACAUUUGUAUGUUGCAUGGAGUUUCGCAAGAAGAUUUCAUAAGAGCCAAUCAAGAGAAAAAUGUGAGAGAUGUAAUUUACAACAUUGCCAGCCAGGCGCACGUUCAUCUAGAACAUGCUAGGUCUUUCAGUAAAAAUGUUCCUGUUAAAGCAUUUCCUGCGUUUCUCUAUACAGUUGCUUUAGAGGAUUAUUUAUAUAAAAUACAGAAAGUAGAUUUCAACAUAUUCCAUCCAAGCUUACAUAAGAAGAGUACGUUACUACCAUUGUAUUUAUAUAUUAGAUCCUGGAAAAAAAAAUAUUAAAAAUAGACUUAACAUGUCA